UUGAAGGAAAACAGAGUUCUGAGAGAAAAAGCUUCCUCUGUUUUUUCAAUGGCCAGAGCAGUUCCCAUCUUCUCGAUUACCGUUCUUGUGGCGUGCUUUCUCCUUCUCUUCGCCGCGGAGCCCACUUCCGCCCGGAUUCAACUCCUGGCGAACGAAUCUAUCCCGGCGAUUUUCGUGUUCGGGGACUCGAUCCUCGAUACGGGAAACAACAACGGCUUACUCGCUUCCCCUUGCAGGAGCAACUUCCCGCCUUACGGCAGGGCAUUCGACGGCGGAGUUCCCACCGGCAGAUUCUCCGAUGGGAGAGUCCCGUCGGAUUUCAUGGUGGAAGAGCUUGGUAUUAAGGACACUCUGCCGGCAUACAAGGAUCCAAAUCUAAAGCUGGAAGAACUUCUCACCGGCGUCAACUUUGCUUCCGGCUGUGUUGGAUUCGACGACCUAGCAUCAAAACUUGGGAUGGUACCGCCAUUGAGUCAACAGCUAAGAGAGUUCAAUGACUACGUGAACAAAGUGAAAGAGAUGAUAGGAGAAGAAGCAAUGGCCAAACUGUUAGCUAAGAGCAUAGUUAUUAUCUCUUUAUGCAGUAACGACAUAGUUCAAGCGUACUUCAAUUCUCACAUCAGAGAACUCCAAUACGACUUCUCGACUUACGCUGACAUUCUAGUCAAAUCCGCCACGACCUUUUUGAUGGAAUUGUACUCAAUUGGGUGCCGGAGAAUCGGCAUGUUUGGAGCACCACCGCUUGGAUGUAUUCCGUUCAUCAGAACCAUGACCGGAGGAGUAGAAAGAAUGUGUAGCGAAAGGCAUAACCAGGCAUCACAAUUAUACAACUCCAAGCUGAUUUCAUCGAUGAAUUCCCUACAGAGCUCGGGAAACUUGGAUCCCGAUGCUAGGUUGGUCUACCUCGACCUCUAUGAUCCUAUGAUGCAUCUCAUCGUUAACUAUCGAUCUUAUGGGUUCGAGGUAGCGGACAAAGGGUGUUGUGGGAUGGGGCAGGUCGAGAUGUCUGUGUUGUGCAACAAAUACAAUCCCUACACGUGUACUGAUGGCUCCAAGUACGUGUUCUGGGACUCCUACCAUCCCACGGAGAAGACUUAUAAGCUGCUGGUUAGCCAGUGUAUUGCUGGCUACCUCCACAGCUUCCUGUAGCAAGGCAAUUCGUAGGUUUUUUUUGACUUAAUUUUUUUUGUUCAAAUCGAGGAAGGAUGCAUGUGUAC